AUGGCUGAUAUGACAAAGAUUGCAAUGUUAGGAGUUAUUUGCUCGUCGGUUGAAGACAACAAAGUAAUUAAUGAUAUGAAAAUUCAACAUCUUGGAGAAACUAUAAACGCUAUAGCACGUAAAAUGCAUAGUUGGAUCGUAUCAGAACUCGUAAUUUUUGUUAAAUUUUUAUUUGAACAUAUUUUAUAG